GGUAAUGAAGAAAUUGCCAGUUUUGACAAGGAGUUUAUAGAAGCCUUAGAAUAUGGGAUGCCGCCAGCCGGAGGGCUAGGGAUUGGGAUAGAUAGACUAAUUAUGUUAUUUACCGGUCAAAAUAAAGAAAAAUUUAACAACGAAGAUGAAGUUCACGAAAUUUUUGAGAAAAAUUUAAACACCAUUUUUCCAGAAUUUAUCUUUUUUUAUCAUAAAUAUAGACUUUUCAAAGAAAGAAAUGAGCCAGGGAACGAACCAGACACGAUAGCCCGUUGCCCCUCUACAAGAAGUUUUGUGAUUAUCGAGUAUAAAAAUAAAAGCGGAGGGGAAAAUCCAAUCAUCCAACUAACCGGUUACUAUCAAGCACUAGAAUUAGAAGAUUUUUAUCGCUUAAAAGAUACUUGA